CUAAAUACAGCCUGCAAAUUUUCGCGGCCUUUUCAUUUCGCUUGAAAAAGUAAAAAUAUACAACUACUACCGUUUUUAGUUUGAAAUUAAGAACAACCUUGAUUUGUAGGACGAAACAACUUUAAUACGUUUUAAAAGUUUUUGUGAAGUGAUGUGAAACUUAAAUUUUAGUUACAAAUUAGUUUGCCAGUUUUAUGUUCUACAUAGAAAGAGAGAUAAAGAACAAUAUUUUCAUUAACUUCUAAACAUCGACCAUGAACUUCAUCCAAGAUCUAACCUAGUUUAAAAUGCAAUGUUCUAAAUCAGCAUACAAAGUUGGGCCAUUCAGCACUGAAACGAUGUAAUAAAUCUACUGAUAUGAAUAAUAUCUCAUCGCCACCGUUCCAAGAUCUCAAAUGUAGCAUCGUCAACGGAAACAGCUGUUCAAACGAAAUAAUAUCGGGAUUUGAAUGCUCAAGAAAUGCAAGCACCCUUUACACUUGUAACCUCAACUUGGAUAUACAAAAUGAAACUUCGUACACUUGUACUAAAUGUCAUAAUUAUACCCUGGAUUAUGAUGGCAACUAUUCUUCAUGUGAUUUUAGCUUCAAACUGAAUUUAGUGCAUGCAGUGUUUGAAAAUGCGCUGAAAAGUAUUUGGUUAAAAUUGCCAGAGGACAGUGUUUGUGAAUGGGACUUGAACUGCUUUCAAGAUUUCUCGAGGACGUUUCUUGUUGACGUUUUUAAUGAAACAAGCGGUGUUAGUGUUAAUGAUAGUUUUCAAUGUAAAUGGAAUAGUGGCUAUGGGACAAGUAAUAUAACUAGUGCUAGGAAAAACUAUGAUUGGAGUUUCUUGUUUGUGAUAUUGUUUAUAGUAGCGGGUGGAGUGGGCAAUAUUUUAGUGUGCUUGGCAGUGUGUUUGGACAAGAGACUACAGAAUGUCACUAAUUACUUUCUGUUGUCUCUGGCGAUCGCGGAUCUAUUAGUUAGCUUGUUUGUGAUGCCGAUGGGCGCUAUCCCUGGAUUUUUAGGGUACUGGCCCCUGGGUGUAAUGUGGUGCAAUGUGUAUGUUACGUGCGAUGUACUCGCAUGCUCAGCGAGCAUCAUGCAUAUGUGUUUCAUCAGUAUCGGCAGAUACUUGGGUAUAAGAAACCCUUUGAAAAGCCGCCAUCAUUCCACAAAGAGAGUAGUUGUGAUCAAGAUCGCUCUGGUGUGGCUUCUCAGUAUGGUAGUCUCUAGUUCUAUUACUGUAUUGGGUCUCAUAAACAAAGGGAACAUCAUGCCAACCCCCGAGCUGUGUGUCAUAAACAACAGAUUGUUUUGGAUAUUUGGUUCAUUGGUGGCCUUUUAUAUUCCGAUGUUGACGAUGGUGGUGUCAUUUGCUUUAACUGUUCAACUGCUCAAGCGACAAGCUAUAUUGGCUGCUACGCCUGUACCGGGAGGUACUCAGAGAAGGCAAUGCGGCGCAUUCGAUAAUAAUUCAACAUCGACAGUACGACGUCUGAAUACCAGAAGCUCACCAGACCUCUCACCGGGGUCGACUGUUGGCAGACAAAUGACAUGGCGUGUAACAUCAGUCACCAGGUCACAACGUAACAAGAUUGGCAUGAGCGUGUCCCACCCACAACUAAGCUACAUGAAUGGAUGUGGCAACGGCAUGAAUUCUGGUACAAUGAAGAGCCACGACGUCGGAACUCAGACACCAGACAACAUAUCUGCAGAGACGAGAAGAGCCAAGAUGAACCCUCUAAAGAUAAGUCUUGCAGCGCCAAAUGCAUUAACUUUGAGGUUUCUUAAGAAUCGCAAGAAAGGAAGAUCUUUAUCUGCGAACGCGGUUGCUAACGAACAGAAAGCCACCAAAGUUCUAGGACUUGUCUUCUUCACCUUCGUGCUGUGCUGGGCGCCAUUUUUUCUACUCAAUAUAUUGUUUGCUUCAUGCCCGGCCUGUAUUGUACCAGAGCACGUAGUCGACGUUUGUUUGUGGCUGGGAUAUAUGUCAUCCACCAUCAACCCAAUCAUUUAUACUAUCUUCAAUAGAACAUUUCGGGCAGCUUUCUUACGUCUGCUGAGAUGUCGUUGUAGUCGGCGAGGUAAAUGUACGCGCUACCACUCGGUCGGGUCGGCACGAGGAGCUUCACAGCUGUGCGCCAGGUCAGCUUUGCCCCUCGCCAUCUCACUGCGCCCGUCCGGCAUGCUAGCGGCGACGGCCACGCACGAAACUGCCGAAACCGAACUCAUUGAUACACCGCUACGAGAUUUCAACAAUCGAUACUAGAUUUUAAAUGUUUUCUCAGUACCUGUAAAUUUAAGAUCAUUGUAAACCAAAAAUAUAAAUGUUGUACAUAGCAUUAUUACUAUUAAAUUAACUAAUUAUCAUAUACAAUGAGAUGAAAUUAUAUCAGUUAUGUAAUUACUCAAACAUUUUAAAAAUUUAGUAAUAAGUUUUAAAAUACAAUUUUACAGUAAAGUGAUCUCAGCACGUUCGAGAAUUAUUAUUCCACGCCAUCUGCAUCAAACAAUAUUAAGCAAAGUGAUUAAAACGACACUCCAUCCUUUUUAAAUUUGGAUAUGCUGUUAUUUGAAUAGUUUUUCACUGAACAGUUUGUCAUUGCGAGGCUUCGUAUUCAAAGUGCGGUCAAAACACGACUGUACGAAAACUCUGCCUAAUAGACGUGUAGUCUGAGUUUUGCUUCUGAAAAAUUUUAAGUGUGUUUGUGUCUUGUUUGUUAUACGUCUAUGAUUCUUUUAUAAUAUUUUAUAAUCCCCGCAGCUUGAGAAAGGGAUAGGCAGCUUCAGACAUCAUAAGAACGUCAUAAAAGUACGCAGACAGAUAAUGACAAGGCUGCCAUCAUUUUCCAAAUAGAGAGAGUGGUGGGGGGUAAACAACGUUAUUUAACUACCUACCCACUAAAAAAGAACUGGUUUAUCAGAUACCAUUAGGUAUAACGUACUGAACGCAUUCAUAAGGAAAAAAUACAAUUCGUUGAAAUUUUUUAUUUAAAUCACAAUUACUUUUAUUUAUAAAUCACUAUUACCACGUGCUUCGCGUACCCUGCCACCAGUAGUAUUCCUUAAUUGAUACAUUUUAAAGUAUAUUUUCCAUAGUUUUAGGAAGGUUUGAGACAAAUUUAAACUACUAACUAACUACAUAUUUACGAUUUGUUAACUGUUCCACAUAGUCCGAACUUCUUUUUGGUAAUGAAAAAGAAGUGAUAUAUUUAUAUUUGUGUGAAUUACUUAAAAUAAAGUAUUUAUAUUUACUAUAUAUGUUUAUCAAUGUAUGUAAUAUAACUAGCGCGCGAAGUUGUGAUUCUAGUAGUAUGUACUAUCCCCUUAAAGUCACUGUAGUAACGUAUUGAAGUAUCAAUGUGGUUAUAAUUUUAUUUGUAGUAUAUCGUGUGAAGUAGUAAUGUGCAAGCAUUAUAGUGUGUCCGUUUGAAGGGCACCGUAGCUAGUGAAUUUCGGGCUAAUGAAACUAAAGGUCGGACCGCAUUAGAGCGGCGAAUCAAUUCACGUUGCUCGACAGCACUUUUCGCUUACAACUGCAAUUACUGGCAUCUUGUGCCAUUUCUAUACCAGAAGGCCUAGCAUCAAAUUUAAAUUAGCGAUUCAAUUCCGAUGCAGUUCAGUUAAGCUACCUAAAGUGAAUCGUUCGUACCAUGAAGUGCCUAUAACUUAUAGAGAUGACGAUAUACAGUCGUUGCAUAAGUCUGUCUCUUUUACUCGAAUCGUAUGCGUUGCGUUUCGAAACCUAUAAUGAUAUUAUAUAUAUUUGAAUUACAAAUUAAAGGUUUGCUUAGCUGAUUUGUAAAAAUAAACAACAUGAUACACUUUCCGCUAAGAAAGUAGCAACGAUCUAAAACAAUUUGCGAUUCAAUUUCCAAAUUGAUUUGACGUCAACCUAAAUUGUAUAGCUGUAAUGACAUCGUGGUGUAAAAUAGCAAAGCAGUUCAUUUUAGGUCGUCAAUUGAAUCGAACAGUUAAUUGUUGCAACGUUACAAGAGUAGCAAUAGUGACGAGGAUAAAUCCUUCAAAUCCAAAGUAAUUAUUUCUUUGUUGUGUGCAGAAAAAUAACAAAUUAUGAAGAAAUAGAUUGCCAGGGUCACACUUUGAAGGCGAAUAUCAAUAUUUGUUUCCUCGCCUUCUUAAGGACUCUGCACGAUUUCACACUUACUUCAGAAUGUCGGAGACAAAAUUCUUUAAACUUAACAAUUACAAAUACAAUUACUUAACACUUACAAAUACGCAUACUAAAGCAAAGCACUGUUUUCUAUGACGCACUGAGCAGCGGGUCGCGGCGCUGCACUUUAAAAUAUUCUCUCAGAAGUAACUCUGCCGCGACGCUCAUCAACGCACAGUGCAGCACCGCUCCAGUGCGAUAUGCACCAUACGAAAUGAUUGCAAUAAUAUUUCGAUGAUUUGUACCGCUGUGUGCAGUACUGCGCAGCGCCGCUGUAAUGGGUUCCGGCCUUUAACAUCUUAUGUAUCAAAGUGAUCAGCGCAAUUGCAAUCUCGCUCCUGAAGAAUCCUGAGCGACACUGCAUUGUGAUGAGCAGGGUCAUACAUCUCGUCAAAUUCUCAUAAGAAAAGUAUGUAUAAUUACUAUUACAUCGGAGGUUGUAAAAUCUAGAGCUUUUAAUUACAUAUAAAUCUGUG